ACCAGGUUAGUGCAGUUGACAGAUCCGCCUAGGUAUGUGAUGCUAACUGCAUGCCAGCCACGCUAAAGCGGAAGGGUACGGCGACGGUGCUGAGGGCUGGACAGAAACGUGCUCGAGCGGACCGUAGCGCCGAUGAGGGUGCUGACGACGACGUUCCUCUUAUCGCUUCAAGGCGCUUGUCAGUCCAGAAUCGCGUCGAUAGCGGUGUAGCUGGAACUCCUUCACCGCGGUCGCCAACUCCAGGCAGCAAUCUUCUUCUGCUAGCAGGGCCUUUCGCCGAUCAGCUUUUACAGCAGUCGCCAACAUUUGCAGGGUGGAGGGACGCGAACUCAGACCUCACAGACCGUACUACUGAGUUAGAACAGAAAUGGGAAGGGGACGAGGAAGACCGACGUUCGCUUCGGAGAGAGGUUCGCAGUCUGGAGGGUCAGCUGAACGCAGAAUCCCGCCGCCUUUCCAACGACCACACGCAGCUGAAGAAAGAUGUUGGAGCCAAAACCACUGCACACGAAAAUGCGAUGCGCGAAGAAAAGGAACGUCUGAAAAAAGUUAUAGCAGGGCUGGAGCGAAAGAUCGAAACCGACGAAGCAGCCAUCGCCCGACUUCAAGCAGCAGAGAAAAAAGAUCAUGACAUGCGAGCCAAGGAAAUCACAGAGAAACAGAAAAAUGAUGGAGACAUGCAAGCAGCGCGGCAAGAAUACAUCAACUUUACUGAGAGGCUCCAGCAACACAUCCAAGACGAGGUCGAGCGACAAAUCGGCCCUGCACUCGCGGACUUCAACCAACAGGCCACUGAAAUCAGAAAUCUUAAGCACACCAACACGCAGCUCCAGACCACGAUACAGGGUCUCCAGACCAAAACACAGGCAUGGCAAACAAAAUUCGCCAAGCUCGAGCAACGCUGCAACGAUCACGCAGAAGAGAACAUCGAGUGCCGCCAAGCUACUACGGAAAAUGGGAACGACAUCUCAUUGAUGAAGGCCGGGCAUGUGGAAAACUUCAAGAAACUGUCCAGGCGCAUGUCUCGAUGCGAGGAGAAAGAGGACGUCCAGGGUUAUCAGGAAGCCGUCGAAGUGCUCCAGAGGACCUCUGACGACACCGCGACCGGCCUUAACAAUCUGCGCAGGGAGACCGACGAGCUCAAGGCCGAAGGACGCAAGGCUGCUGAGCAGCUAGGCGCUCUGUCGGGUGAGAUCCAGCACGUGAAGACCAAGCAAGACGAGCUGCACACACGUGUCGACACCUUGAGCCAGAUGUUGAACGCAAAUAUCGUGGCUUCGCAGAAUAUAUUGAAGACGAUGGCGUCGGCUGAGUCGGAGCGGCAGCAGCAGGUUUGUGAUGUGGUGGCAGUACUUACGCGAUCCGCGGAACCGCCCCAGCCGUUCUCUGAGGCCGGUCUACGAGAGGCAUUCCAAAAGG